AUGCCCGUCCAGAAAACAGCCUAUAUAACCGGCGGCGCAUCUGGAAUCGGUCUUGCCCUUGCCCGCACCCUCGCCCACCGCGGCAUCCGCUUGGCCAUAGCCGACCUCAACAUCUCUACCGCCAACUCUGUAGCCUCUGAUCUGUGCGCAGAACAAAACGCUCCAGACCUAGUGACCGCCUUUGAGCUCAAUGCUGCCGACUGGGACUCUCAGCUCUCCGUCUUCCAGAAGGUCGUAGAGCAUUUCGAGGGCAGGGUAGACUAUGUGUACCCCAUUGCAGGCAUCGGUGAGAAGGUAAGUAUCCCUAAUGAUGGCGGGAAGGGGAAAGGGUUCGUGAAGCCGAACUUGAGCGUGCUGGAUGUGGAUCUAUAUGGGGUUCUGUUUACGGUAAGCUUGGCCGUGCAGCAGAUGCGGCGGCAGGAGAGGGAUGAGAGUGGUUUCAGAGGAAAGAUCGCUACGGUAGCAUCCGUCUGCGGCUUCUAUUGCGUGCCGACGCUGCCUAUUUACACUGCAGCCAAACACGGCGUCAUAGGCUUCAUUCGCUCCUUCGGCAAAUACCUGCCUGAGGAGCAUAUUACAUUGAAUGCCGUCUGCCCCAACGUCGUACGAACUGGCAUCUCCACCUCAGCCUUCUACGACAAGCUCGAGUCUCAGGGCCUACUGACACCCAUGAAACCAGUCAUCGACGCCUUUGAGAAGUUUCUUGACAGUGACAUAAGCGGCGAGUGCUGGGAGGCUGGGCCAAAGGGCGACUUGGUGAAGAGGGAGGCGGCGGAGUAUCUGGAUCGGGAGAGCGGGUUGCUGAUGGACAUGUUGUAUGAGAGGGGCCAUGGCUUACAUCAGCCUCAGUCGUGA